AUGUUAACAAUCCAUCUGGAGCUCAGAGUCAAAGUGAGGGUCAAGGAAGAGCUGAAAAACAAAAGAAGAUUCCCAAUUGUUACAGUGAAUUCCAGACAAUCUUCUGCCACAAGAGUCACCCAGCUUCCCCUUCAUCGGCCAUGGGACGGUGCCAUAGACCUGAUUGAGGGUGAGCCAGUGCCCCAUGGACACAUCUUACCCCAUUCCAUUCCAGAACAAAAGAUCAUUAAGGAGUAUGUAAAAUACGCCCAAUCUCAAGGAUGUUUGCUGAUAGUGACGGUGAGUCUCGGGCUCCUCUGUGUCGUUCUGCUGGUCAUCAUCGUACACCAGCACUUCUUAAUCUCAGCAGAGAGAAACAUGAAGAAGUGCACAGAUGAAGAUCUGCAGCGCACACAAUUCUGCUUACCUGGACAUCACACUCCACCACUGAGACAAGAACCCACCACUAAGACUACUGCAAAACCCACAACUAAAUCUGCUGAAAAACCUAUGAUGAAUUCUUCUAAACAAGGAAAUGUGUGUAGUCUGGACGGGUUUUCCUCUUCCAUGGAUGUGAAGAACUGGUCUGACAGCAGAGAGUUUUGCAGGAAUCUUGGUGCAGAUCUGGUCAUGAUCAAGAGUGAAGACAGGCAGAAACGCAUAUCUUACUUCGUCAAAGUGAAGAUCGGUGCACCAGUGUGGCUUGGUUUGACUGACACAGAGAUUGAAGGCAGCAUGAUGUGGGUGGAUAAUUCUGCACUGAAUCAAGGGUUUUGGAUGAAAGGUGAGCCGAAUAACAAUGAUGGAAAUGAAGAUUGUGUAUUCAUGAACCCAAUACCUUCUCUGAAGAACUGGAAUGAUAUCCCGUGCUCAGAGGUGGCCCGUGUUAUUUGUGAAUAAUGGGCUUCAUCCCAUGUUGUCAUUCAUUCAUUCAUUCAUUCAUUCAUUCAUUCAUUCAUUCAUUCAUUCAUUCAUUCAUUCAUGUCAGCUCAUUUCAUCACAAUUAACCCACUAUCGAGGUGUCAUAUUUGUUUGAUUAUUAUAUUGUUUGUCCAUUAUUCUGAAUCUCCAGUGUUUUCCUAUUGCUAAUAAACCCAUAUUUCUCUCA